AUGUCGUACCAAAACCCCACCCAGAUUUUCGCGGAGGACGUGACGGAAGAGAAGGGUGAGAAUGCGCGUCUCUCCGCCUUCGUAGGCGCUAUUGCCGUCGGCGAUCUUGUAAAGAGCACAUUGGGGCCCAAGGGCAUGGACAAGAUAUUACAGUCUGCCUCUACUGGCGAGAUCAUGGUUACGAACGACGGAGCUACGAUUUUGAAAGCGAUCGCCCUCGACAACGCCGCCGCAAAAGUUUUGGUAAACAUCUCAAAAGUACAGGAUGACGAAGUCGGCGACGGUACCACAUCAGUCACUGUUUUGGCGGCGGAGCUGCUACGAGAGGCAGAGAAGCUCGUCGACCAGAAGAUCCACCCGCAGACCAUCAUCGAGGGUUACAGGAUAGCAAGCACUGCGGCGCUACAGGCGUUGGAGAAACUCGCAACCAACAAUAGCAGUAACGAAGAGGCGUUCCGACGUGACCUGGAGGCUAUUGCGCGGACCACACUGAGCUCCAAGGUGCUCAGCCAGGACCGGACACAGUUCGCGAAGCUCGCCGUGGAUGCAGUCUUGAGGAUGAAGGGCUCCACCGAUCUCACACACAUUCAGAUUAUCAAGAAGGCCGGCGGAAAGCUGAAGGACUCAUACCUAGAUGAGGGUUUCAUUCUGGACAAGAAAUUUGGUGUGAACCAGCCUAAGCGGAUAGAGAACGCAAAGAUUCUGGUUUCCAAUACGGCAAUGGACACGGAUAAGAUCAAGAUCUUUGGGGCAAGAGUCAAGGUGGACUCCACAGGUGCGCUCGCAGACCUCGAGAAGGCCGAGCGCGAGAAGAUGAAGGCAAAGGUUGAGCGCAUCAAGGCUCACGGUAUCAACUGCUUCGUCAACAGGCAAUUGAUCUACAACUGGCCAGAGCAACUCUUUGCUGAUGCCGGCAUCUGCUCCAUCGAGCACGCUGACUUUGACGGUGUCGAACGGUUGGCUUUGGUCACCGGAGGAGAAAUUACAUCCACAUUCGACCACCCCGAGCAGGUCAAGCUCGGUCACUGCGACCUGAUUGAGGAGGUGAUCAUUGGCGAGGACACGCUCAUCCGCUUCUCAGGUGUAGCCGCAGGCCGGGCCUGCACCAUCGUGCUCCGUGGAGCAACCGAGCAACUUCUCGAUGAGGCUGAGCGAUCGCUUCACGAUGCGUUGGCUGUGCUUUCACAGACGGUCAAGGAGCCGAGGACGACAUUGGGCGGCGGCUGUGCUGAGAUGAACAUGGCUAAGGCUGUUGCGGAAGCUGCACAGAAUGUUGCUGGCAAGAAGGCCAUCGCCGUAGAGUCGUUCUCAAAGGCUCUGCAGCAAUUGCCUACGAUCCUUGCGGACAACGCUGGUCUGGAUUCGAGCGAUCUCGUCUCCCGACUGCGAAAAUCUGUUUACUCUGGCUUGACCAGCUCUGGACUGGAUCUUCUCACUCCUGGCGGUGGUAUCGCCGACAUGCGAGAGCUUGGUGUCAUUGAAAGCUACAAGCUGAAGCGCGCGGUCGUUUCUUCAGCCUCUGAGGCAGCGGAGACAAAGAUGCCAGAUGCUGCAACGACACCGCAUCGGCAGUAG